AUGUUUCCAUCCAUAAUCAUCACCUUAUUUUCCAUUUAUCAGCUCAUCUAUUCAUAUAAUGAACAUACCAUCAAUUAUUAUCCACCCACGGAAUUGGCCAUUUCUGAUGAAGAAAUUGUAAAUCGAGCUGUCCAAGAAUUACACAAUAUCGAUGCCGCCAACGACUUGAAUGAAUGUAUGACAUGUAAAACUCGUUUGCAAGUUGCCAAGUUUAUUAGUUUAACCCGUCCUGAUUUAGUGCCACAAAUAUUCUCCACUUGGUGUGUUGAAUCUGGUUUUGAUGAAAUCCAAUGUCAUAUGAAUUACGGUUAUCCCAGUGAAGAUUACUGUACUAUGGGUAAUGACUUUACCAAGAUGGUUAGCCUCAUGAAUCCAUCAGGUUUGGAUGGCGAUUAUUUCUGUUAUUAUCAUGAUAAAAACUGUGGGGUAUUACCCGAGACUCCACUUGUUGACAUGAGUAGAUUGUGGCCACUGAAACCACGUAAUUAUUUACCGCCAGACAACAGUGGCGAGACCUUCCAUGUAUUGCACAUAAGUGAUAUCAACCUCCAACCAGAUUACAAAAUGUUUGCUGAAGCCAAUUGUACCCAAAGUUUAUGUUGUUCCCCUCAUUGUAGAAAUUUGCAAGGUUCAGCUCCUAACUUUAAUGAAAAUUUAGAAGGUGGGUAUUUUGAUAGUAGCUAUAGUAGAAACCAUUUUGAAAAAGGAUCAUAUAUGGAUAUCACCAAAAUCAAAAAACCGACUUGGAGACCAGCUCGACAAUUUGGCGAAUAUAACUGUGAUUCACCAGCGUUGUUAUUAAACAGUACCAUGCAAGGUAUACGUGAUUUGCAUCAAAACCAUCUUUCGUUUGAAUUUGCAUUAUUCACUGGAGGGACAGUUGACCAUUCUGACAGACUGUUUAUGAGCAAAACAAAAAACAUCAUUUCCCAAGAUACUAGUUAUAGAAUUCUUAAACAUUAUUUGGAUACUGUUGACGUAAUCCCGACUUUUGGUACAAGAGAUAUUUUCCCAAUGAAUCAAUUGCCGCAAAAACAUCUAACAGAAAAUUCCAAUUCGUACCAAUGGCAAUUUGAUUUCUUAGCAGAUCUCUGGUUGGAAUUAGGAUGGAUUGAUCAUGAAUCUUCCAAACAAGUUAGAUAUUCCCAAAUUGGUUAUUCACUAGUCACUUCUCGUGGUUUGAAAAUCAUUUGUUUAAACUCCAAUGUUUGGAAUGUGAAAAACUUGUAUGCCUUUUGGGAAGUAUUAUCAAUUGAUUCAUUUGGUAUGUGGAAAUUUCUUAUCGAAGAAUUGAUUGAAAGUGAAAGAAUACAUCAACGAGUAUGGAUAGUUGCUCACUUGCCAACAAAUCACCAAUCAUUGCCAUUACCAACGAGAGUGUUUGCCCAAAUUAUCGAACGGUUUUCACCACAAGUGAUUGCUGCCAUAUUUUUCGGCCACAUUCAAGUUGAUACAUUUAUGAUUCAAUAUGGGGGUGAUGGAACAGACACCAAGGAGUUGGAGAGUGCCAUUAAUCAUGCCCUUGUUGGUCCUCUGAUUAGUCCAUAUCUGGGAGUAAACCCUGCCUGGAGGUAUUAUGCCAUAGACCUGAAAAGUUUUAGUGUGGUUAAUUCCUUCACUUAUUAUACCAAAUUAGAUAACACAUUCAUCAAUGAUGGGGCUGAACCAGUGUGGGAAUUCGGGUAUUCUGCUCGAGAUGUCUAUGACCCUGAACAAAUGUGGCCCAUGGAAUGGUGUUUAAAUACUGAGUGGUGGCAUCAUGUCAGUGAAAAAAUCAAACAAGUACCAGAAAUGGAUUUAAUGUAUCAACGAUUGGAUACUCGAUGGUUUUCUCAAAAUGAGUUGGAUGGCAAUAGUUAUUGUAAAGUGACUAGUUUCACCAUGGAAGCCAAAAAGCAGUGUAUGUUAACUGGGGACCAAGAUGAUUAUGUUGAACCCAAACAGCCUAAUGAUUAUGUUCCGUUUAUUCAUGUUGGAAGUAAAGUUGAAUAUAUUGAUAAACAAGUGGCAUAUCCACCUGAUGAAGAAGAGGAAUCUGAGUCUGAAGAAGUUGACGAAGAUUAUCAACCAGGGAAAAAAAUAGGCACAGGGGAAAACAAUACUAAUGUUGGUCAGGGUUUGAAUGGUGGUGGUAAUGGUGAGUCUGAUGAUGACAAUAAAGUCAAAAAAACAGAAGGAUUCACUGGGAAUGAAAAUGGUGAACAAAAUUAUACUGCUGCUAACAACGAUGGUUCUCUUAGUUCAAGAAUUCGAAGAAAACCACAGGGUAAAUCUCUUGGCUUAAAAAUUAGAAAUCGGCACCGAAUCCCUAUUGCUCAAUUGUGA